GGAUCACAUCCCACCUCCUGCCAUGGACCUGAACCAGACAUUCCCACCCCCAUCACCCGUGCUGGAGACUGAUGGAGCAAACCCAUGCAGGAUAGACAUCACCGAUGUGGCUAUGGACACUGCCACGCUGCUCAUCUGCCUCUGUGGGAUGGUGGGGAAUGGGACUGUGCUCUGGCUCCUCGGCUUCCGCAUCCGCAGGAACCCCAUCACCACCUACAUCCUCAACCUGGCUGUGGCCGACUUCACCUUCCUCCUCUUCAUGGUCACCUCAGUCCUCCUCUACAUGAUGGAGAACAUCUUCUGCUCCAGUGUGGUGGCUCUGGUGUACCAGAGGCCGCUUUUCCUGCUCUCGCUGUUCUCCUACAACAUGGGCCUGUAUCUCUUGACGGCCAUCAGCAUCGAGAGGUGCGCGUCCAUCCUCUGCCCACUCUGGUACCGCUGCCAACGCCCUCAGCGCUUGUCAGCCCUGGUGUGUGUCCUGCUCUGGGCCCUCUCCAUCGCUGUCAUUGCCGCAGUGACAUCUCUGUGCCUCUUGCACGAGGACGGUCACUGCCGCGUGGCUCUCAUCUCCAUGUACGUCCUCAACUUCCUCAUCUUUGCCCCACCGAUGGUUGCUUCCAACGUGAUCCUCUUCAUCAAGGUCCAGUGUGGCUCCCAGCAGCGCCAACCCAAGCGGCUCUACAUCGUUAUCUUCCUCACCGUCCUCUUCUUUCUCAUCUUCGGGGUUCCCCUCAGCGUCUGGAACUUCCUGCUGCAGUUUGGCCACGCGGCCGGGCCAUCCCAGGCUGUUUUCCUGCUCGCCUGCAUCAACAGCAGCGUCAACCCCUUCAUCUACUUCCUGGUGGGGAGCUGCCGGAGGCGCUGCUCCGUGGUGCCCCUGCAGGUCGCCUUCCGGAGGGUCUUCGAGGAGACGGGGGUCACCACGAUCUCCCCCUAAAAGCCACUGUGCUCGCAGCGGCUGUGCUGAGCCCCCCUGCUUCAUGCUCAGUGCUCACCCUUGCUCCUGGCUGUGCCUGCAGGCCGCCUUCCUGUAGUGCUGGGAUG